GCUUUAUUUGUAGCAUAUGCUUGUAAUGGAUUAGAGCCCACCUUCAGAAAAUUCUUGUGUUUUUAUUUUUAAAAAUGGCUUAGUCCCAAUGAAGCUACAUGAGCUGUACAGGGCUAUUCUGUAGUAAAUAAUUUUAAGAGUUACCUGCUAUUUCCAGUGUCACUGGAGUCUGCAUAUUUUUAAUGCAAGCCCUUGGGUUAUGUGUAUUGUAUUAUUAUUAUUUAUUCAAGUUAUAUCCUGCUCUUCUGAUUCACUCUCACAUAUAUAUCAAAUAUUGAUAAAGGUCACCUUUGCCAUCUGAUUAACUGUUUGUAGAUUACUGUUUUACCAUUUAUGUUGCAUUCUGUUCAAAACUUUCUAACACAAUUGGAUUGUGGUAGAGGUGGAGUAAGUAUCUCACUUUUGGUUCCAGUUUUUUUAAAAGGGGGGGUGCUCUUUUAUUCUUCCUCCAUCUCCUCCCCCCUACCCCAAAAGCCUCAGAUUAAAGGUGAUGGGAGAGAUCCCUUUUCCUGCUUGGAGACAUUACUGAGGAGAGUCCAUAACCAGAGAACAUUUAACUACAUUGAUAGAUUGAUGUUCAGUUGCACUUCUGUUAUUUGCUUGGAUAUCUGACAAAAUGUUGAACGCUCCUGUCGCAAGCUGUGAAACCAGGAUAAAUGGGGCAAGAAAAAUAUCACCUUGGAAAAAUGAAGUUUUUUUCAGAAAUUCAUCCAAAUGCCCUGGCGUACUCAAUGACCACAUUAGGUGCUGGGAUGAUGAACAGUAUCUUUAAUUUCUAUUAUGUUAAACUCUUUUUAAACCAAUACAAGAUAUCUGAAGCAGCAUUCCAUCAAGCACAGGUUGUUUUUAUGAUAUGGAAUGCCAUUAAUGACCCUCUCUUUGGGUAUAUUCAAGACAACUCCAAAGUACCAUGCUGCUCUAGACGUCAGUUUUCCAUUUUAUAUGGAGCUCCAUUGUAUGCUUUGGCCUUUCUGCUUCCUUGGUUUCCUUGGAAACAAUACGAAGAAGGUGACUGGCUUAGCGGACUUCAUCUUGUCAUUGCUUUGUGUGCUUUUGAUGGCUUGCUUACAUUUGUCUUGCUAGCACAGUGUGCCCUCUUUGCAGAAAUUUCUACUAGACAUGAAAGUAGGCUCCAGCUUAUUAAGUAUAACCAAGUGGCAACCUUAGCUGGCUCCACUAGCAUCCUUUUCUGUGGCUUAAUAUCCGAUAACAUGGAGAACUUCACCUAUUUUCAAAUUUUUGCAGUUCUAGUGGGAGCAAUAGCAACUGCUUGCAUGUGUUACACAGGAAUGUACAGCACUACUCAGUAUGAACACAAGGAAACUCUGAUGGAGGAAUUUGAUGCUGAAAGUGCUAAGAGAUCUCUCUCUUGGUCUUCUGUGAUUUCGUUGACAAAACAGAUCAUGACUCAGAGAAAUUUUUUGCUUUUUGUGACCAUGAACUUCUUUCAAGUUUUCCACUUGGCCUUCUGCAACAAUUUCAUGAUGAUCUUUGCAGACAAUCUCAUCCCUAAGGAUGUUCUUUCCUCCUCUAUCAGAAGUAUCAUGUAUGGAGCAGGUUUUAUUUGUCCUCAGUGCCUUGUGCUAAUAAGUCAUGCUUUCUUGAAGAAAUGUGGUUACUAUAAAGUUGUCUUGUUUUCCUUCUACUUGGAAGGAAUCGCUGCUGCUAUUAUGCUUGUGGUAGGACCAGAACACUACUACCUCUUAGCUAUUUAUCUCACAGCAAACAUGGUAGUUGUUCAAGCUUCUUUCAGUUUGUUUAAUUUACCUUUAGCUGAUAUUGUUGAUGCAGAUUUAAAGAAACAUAAACGAAGAUCACCACUUUCCUCCAUGGUUUUUGGAACGAAUGCCUUGUUUACAAAACCAGCUCAGUCUUUAGCCCCUAUGUUUGUGGUUACCAUAUUAAAUCAAUUUGGUUAUGCAAAUCUGAAUGGUAAAGUUUCUCAGCUUGACCCAAGUUUGUUUCUAGGUCUCCAUGAUGUCAUGUUCUACAUGAUCUGCCUGGUUCCUCUUUGCAUUGCAGUUAUACAGAUUCUGACAUGGACACCCUUUUCCAUUCAGAAUAGCCACCUUACACCUGCACACUGAAUUGUAAAUGUGUACAUCAGGGACCCAUAUAUUCUGUUUUACAUAGCAGCAGAGGCCACCUGAACAAGAACACUGGACUUCCUUGAUUCUUCAGACUAACAGAUCAUCUGCAGCCUGAGCCAUUUAAUACUUUUCUGUUAUAUCUGUAAAUCCUAUGUGUGCCUUAUCAUGAAGCCAUGUCUCUUUCUAGUUCAAUUGGACACAUGUAAGAGAUACCGCUACAUUUGCUGAGUACACUAAAAUGCCACUACCUCCCAUUAACACCCAAGAGAUAAAGGCAUAUCAAUAUACUGGAAUUCUGUGAACAAUAAACAUGACACUCCUUUUAGAAGAACUAAGGGCCUAUGAUAACCAUGAGAAGGUGCAUUUGAGCACCCUUCUGCAAAAAAGAUGGAAUGCUACUUCUUUGCUGUAAGCAAACAGGAGUUUUUUCCCCCCCAGGGAAUAUAAGAAAAUGGAUGUCAGACUUCUUUCUCACUAACUGGUAUUUGGUCUGCAAAAUUCAACAUGGUUUGCCUAAAUGGGAUGCCUUAGCUCUGCAGGGGUUGAAAAGAAGGGUCUGUGACAACAUGGCACAGAUUGGAGAAAUUUGUACAGGCUAUUCAGCAAAGAAUCAAAGCUUUGACAAUAUCUAGAAGCAAGGAAUUGGAGGAGGAGGAGGCAUGCACCAUGGAGAGCCUAUGAAUUGAUGACUUGUUUAUAUAUCAAAGACUACGAUACUACAUGGACUGUGCUGCAGAUUAUCAGUGACAAAGGGAAAGGGACAGAGGGAGCGGGAGGAACUAUAGUGGAAGCAGGUAGUAGGAAACCCAAAAAAUCCACGUGGUGGAGGAGAUGCAAUUUACUGCCCGAAGUUGUGGGCAGAAGCUUGCAUGGAAGCCUGUGCCUUCUGAUGAGGAAGCUUGAUAAUGAAAUAAAUGGUUGUUUGGGCACAUCCAAACCAUAAUAAAUGCGAUGAAAUCAAAAUCUUUAAACACUAUGUAAUUUGGGUUUGUGGGGCUAGCAAAAAAGCUGGUUGGUUUUGGAUUUCUUGCCUGCUUGAUGCCAUGCAAAUAGGACAAACUUUUGUAAAAUUGUACUGUAGCCCUCUCAACUUGUUUUAAUAGAGCAUUUGAAUUAUCCAUCACAUUUCCUUUAUCUUAUUUCAAAUAGCUGAAUACAGAAUUUUGGAUUUGUCCCUGUUAAAGCCUUUUACAGUUUUUAUCAUUUGAAUAGUUGAUGAUUAAUGAAAAACAUAAUGCUACUUGAUAUGUCACACAGUCUGCAUUAUGCCAUAAUAAAUCCUACCAUCCUGCCCUUUAUCAAAUAGA